AGGCCUCCACUGUAAUCCAUUUGCAUCUGGAAUUGGAUCAACACAGAGACUUGAUGUAUUAGAAUGGCUGACAGCCAAGCAAUACCAUUUGAUGAGCAAGCAAAAUGCUUAUGUUAUAAUGGGGAAAUACUUGUUUUUCAUUUGUCCAAAGGAGAGUUUGAAAUGUCUACAGAUACUUCUGUAUUAUAUGUCAAAAGGAUGGUAUUUGACAGAAAAACAGGAACAUUUGUUUUGAUAUCCAAGGAUUUUUUAAACAUUAAGGAGAAAACUUCUCAUUUAAAAAUUCUUUGUUGUAAAUGUGUGUCAGACUUCAGAACUAGAAUUAACCUCCCUUGCAUUUUGAUACAAGAUGCAAAAUAUAAUAGUAGAGCUUUCAAAUAUUAUAUAUUGUUUCUUCACAAUUCGAACAAAUUUGAAAAGUAUUUGAGUUUCCAACUCAACCAUGCAUUGGAUGAGAGCUUGAAGAUCUUUGAUGGUCCUACACUUUUUUGGAAAUAUCUCAACAAAUUCUUCUAUAUCUCUUCCCAAAUUGGGAAAGUUACUGAUAUAUCAGUUAAUCUUUCCUCUAUUGAGUGGGUAGGUGAGGUAGAAAAUUUUGGUUUAAUAUUUUUGGGGCUACCAGAACCUCCAGAGGCUAAAUGUAUCCACAAGCUUUCAGAAUCAGAUUAUGAAUUUUCCAAUUCCAACUUUUGUGCAUAUGCUCUGACAACUCAAGAAAUAUUAAGCAAUAGUUAUCUUAUUCCUCUUGCUUACAGUAGUGUAGUAACUCAUGUGCAUGUCUGUGCAGCUGAAAUGGUCGACAACAAGUUAAGAAUGUCUCUGAUUGCCCUUACACGAAAAAAUCAGCUCGUUUUGUUCCAAGAUGGCAUUCCUGUAAGAGUAUGCCAGCUUCCAUUUCUAGAUCCUUGUUCAAUUCAAAUUCUAGAUUCAGGUAAAGGAAACCGAUUUUUCAUUGUGUCAUUCAACUCUAAGGCGUGUGCUGUUUCGGAAAAGAAAUUUAAGGUUGUUGCUAAGUGGGAACAACUUAGCGUAGUCCUGAUAAAUGACUUUGUUGGAAUUGGAACUGAACAAGUACUGGUCAUUUUUGAGGAUGCUCUGAACACAAAUCAAUUGACUUCAUUUGCAAUAACAGAUUUUGUCAGAAUAAGCUAUUCAACUGAACCACUGGAUUUCAGUGAAGAACUUUUUGCUGAAGAAGAACAUGAAAAUUACUAUUUGGUACUUCCACCACUGGAAGCGCAAUUAGAAGCUUCUAUUGUUUUUCUUAACAAAUUACAGGAACAUAUCUCAUUUAAAGAUAAAUUUAUUGCAAACUCUUGGAAGGUUCUUUUAAACUCAAUUUAUGGGAAAGUCGAUAGUACAUCAAGUGAUGAGGAGGACUGUCUUGUUCCAUUCUGUGAUGAAGAUGAAAACAGUAUCCAUACCCCUGAGGAAAAGUUAUCAGAGAAUUCUCAAGAAUCAGACCAUAUUGUAGAGCAAACAUGGUGUCGUGUACUAGAUGAUGACUUAGUUGUUGGAAUGAAAGUCACAUCUUUGAAACCAUCUCCUAAAGAAAUGUCUUUAUCACUGAUAAUGGAUCAAGGCAACAGGUCCAGCUUUCCACUUAUGAAGUGUCAAAGUCAGGUGACUAGGUUGAGUAUGAAUUCUUGUCCAGAAGCAUAUUUGAUGCCAGUGGAAACAGGACCAGAGAUAAAAAGGAUCAAGUUUACCUUUAGUAGCAAGGAAGAGGAAAACUCUUUUUGUGGACAAUCAUCUAAGACAGAAUCUACACACAUAAUUACUGCAGUCACUUCUCUUUCACCACUUUUAAUAUUCAACAAAUUGUGUUGCACUUUGCUGUUAAACAUUAGUGACAGAGAUAAUGAUGAAAAUACUGUGCAUGAUUACAUUGUAUGUGGUAACCUUGAGUUUAAUCUACAAGAUCUUUUUAGUAUGAACCACCUACUGGCAUUCCCAAAGAAACAGUCAAUAGAACAUAUGGAAGAUCUUGUCUCACUUCUUGCAGUAUUGCAAAAAUAUUGUUUUCAUGUCACAUCACCUACCGGUGUCCUGAAUCUAAUGAAGUUAUGGCUUUUGAAACACAUGAAAUGUGAAAUAAUCAAUGGAUUUACAGAAAUAUACCUUUAUAAAAAGCUGCGAAAUUGUGGGGCACUUUUCUCUUGGGAGCUAAGAACAACAUUUGAAGGAAUUUUAACAGUAUAUUGCAGGAAUCAAGGAGUUUUGUUUCAGUGUCUUGAUCACCUCAUCAAAGUUCUCCCUGAAAAAUGUUUCUUCCAAUAUCUGAAAUUUGGAAAUGAUGAUUUCCUGAUUAAUUAUUUGUCAUCUACUUUGGAGAAGGAACUAGUUACCUUUUGUUCUCUUUCUACUUCUGCCUUUGAAUAUGUUAGGGAUGGAUUUAUGCAUCAGUGUGAGACAAGUAAAACAAAUAAUUGUAUCACAACUGCUUCAGAGAGAAAGUACAAAAUCCGUCUGCACAAGCGAGAACUACAGAGAGAGAGAAUGAUAAAAGACUUGAAUCUGAAAGUAAAUGGUGGCAGUUAUGUGGAGAUGACUUUGGCAUUAGCUGAGACUCAGUUGAAAUCAGACCUUAUUGUGAAGAAACUAGCCAAUUCGUAAUUGCAUUUUCAUAAUCUUGUUUUAAAAUAUUUCAGUGAGACAAAAUAAGAAUCUGUGUUAUCAUUAACUUUGGAAUGAAUGAUUAUUUGUUUGGGGCUUUGUUUUAUGUUAGUAGGAGGUUUAGCAGCAUCUUUGGCUGCAUCGACCUAUUAGAUAUUCAUAAUAUUCCCAACCUACCUUCGCAGUGUAAUUAAGGCCAGGAUCCCAGGAAACCAUUUGCUAUGCAAGGACAGCCCACAUAGCAAAGAAAUAAAUCCUAUAAUCCAAAGAACUAAAAUGUCAAUAACUUAGAUCGAGAAAUGUUUUCUUAA